AUGGCUUCUCAAGUUCAAACAAACAUAUCGUCCUUUUCUGCUGUAACGUCAAGUUUCAAAUCCUAUAUCAAAUCGCUGCCUUUGCUAACAACAGCAAUAGCAGUAGAGGCAAUACUGGUGUACGUGCUAGAAGCCAUACAAAUAUUCGGAGAGGAUAAAGUGUUUAAGACUCUUGGUCUACUACCGAAAAAAUUCUUUAAGGGGUCAGUCUACCGUCUUGUAUCUUAUCCUUUACCACAUCUCACCCUUGGACAUCUGUUGUUCAACCUCCUCGUUUUCAUUCCGCUUUCUUCCACGAUCGAACAUACGCUUGGCACUUUGGAAUACCUCUAUGUCUUGUUCAACAUAUUUACGCUCUUGUCUGGAUCAAUCUAUCUUGCAUUGUCAUCAUUGUUUGAUUUUACCGAGGAUGUCAUACUCGGUGGCCUAAGUGCUUGGGUUUUUGGUGUUGUCGUUUGGGAGAGUCGAGAAUUGGCCGGACGCGAGAGAGAUAUAUGCGGUUUCUUCAGAGUGCCGGCUCAUUUUUAUCCACUCGUUCUGCUACUGCUCAUGGAAAUCCUCUUUCAACAUUCGUGGUUCCUUGCUCAUUUAUGUGGACUGUUUGCUGGGUUUUUAUAUUCUUUUGGCUACCUCUCGCGCGUCCUUCCCUCGUCUUCAUUCUUUUCCCGCUUGGAAUCACGCGUACCAUUUUCAUGGAUGGCUAAAUGUGGCAACUUUGUUAAAGCUUCCGAGGGCAGUCGCGGUGGUUGGUGGUUACCACUAUGGAAUGACGAUACGUUGGAGGAUGCGAUCGAUGUGGCCGGAGAGGAUCUUGAAGAGCAACCCCACCCAACAAAUUCCCAACCACUUCAAACACAAAAGGCAGCUCGUAAGCCUACCCAAAUUACGACGCCUGUCUUUGCUGUUGCGUCUUCCGUUUCUUCAAGUGAAUCUACGUCUCCAACCGUUGCGGGCAGUGAGGUUAUUAGUGCGAUUAUGAAUACGAAUGAGAAUAAGAGCGGGAGUUUUCAUAUUGAGUUGGGUGGUAGUAGUCAUCAAGAGGAACAAGUUAAAGAUGCAAAUGAGAAUGGAUCUGGGACUCUUUCUGGUGACGUGUCGACAUAG